CCGAGAUGACAACCAAAAAGAGAGUUGCGAAACCGCCAACCAGUUUCGAUUUCGUAAGCAGUCUUUUCCCUUCUGAAAAAUCACAGAUUUCCUCUAUUUUCAUUUCACACCUUUGACUCUUCUAUUCUUCUUGGUCCAUAUCGACGACUCCUAUUCAACUCUUGCCAUUUAAGGAGCCCUCCUUCCCUCUCUGUCUCCGGCUGAGCAUUUGAGUUCAAAAACUGAUUUCUGAAUUAACAAACACAAAAGUUUCUUAUUCAUACAGGAAAAAAAAUGGCUACUCCUAAUAGCAAUCAAAGUAAAGGCUUUUUUGCUUCUAUGACUUCUGGCUUGUCCAUGUUUGGCAACGCUAUGCACAGAUCUGUUAAUGGGUUCCUUGGUUAUGAAGGAGUAGAAGUCAUAAAUCCAGAGGGCGGCAAAGACGAUGCGGAAGAGGAAGCUCAGAAAGGAAGAUGGAAGCAAGAGGAACGAGAUGGCUACUGGAAAAUGAUGCAGAAUUACAUAGGCUCAGAUGUUACCUCUAUGGUGACACUUCCUGUCCUUAUUUUUGAGCCAAUGACCAUGCUUCAAAAAAUGGCAGAGUUGAUGGAAUACUCCUACUUGUUAGAUCAAGCAGAUGAAUGCGAGGAUCCUUAUAUGCGUUUGGUGUAUGCUUCGUCAUGGGCAAUUUCUGUCUACUAUGCAUACCAGAGGACAUGGAAACCAUUUAACCCCAUCCUUGGAGAGACUUAUGAAAUGAUUAAUCAAGGAGGGAUUACAUUUAUUUCGGAGCAGGUGAGCCAUCAUCCCCCAAUGGGUGCUGGCCAUGCUGAAAAUGAGCAUUUUGCUUAUGACAUCACAUCAAAGUUGAAGACUAAAUUUUUAGGAAACUCUGUUGAUGUUUAUCCAGUUGGAAGAACGCGUGUAACUCUUAAAAGAGACGGCGUGGUUUUAGAUCUAGUACCACCACCCACAAAGGUUAACAAUCUGAUUUUUGGACGGACAUGGGUUGAUACACUUGGGGAGAUGAUAAUGACGAAUUUGACCACUGGGGACAAAGUUGUUCUAUAUUUUCAACCAUGUGGCUGGUUUGGUGCUGGCCGCUAUGAAGUGGAUGGGUAUGUUUAUAAUGCUGCUGAAGAGCCCAAAAUAUUGAUGACAGGGAAGUGGAAUGAGUCAAUGAGCUAUCAACCAUGUGAUCUGGAAGGUGAACCUGUUACAGGCUCAGAAUUGAAAGAGGCCUGGCAUGUUGCUGAUGUUCCACCAAAUGAUAAAUUUCAGUAUACAUACUUUGCGCAUAAACUUAACAGCUUCGACACAGCUCCUAGGAAGUUGUUAGCAUCUGAUUCCCGUUUGCGCCCUGAUAGAUUAGCACUGGAGAAGGGUGAUCUAUCCAAAGCUGGUGCUGAAAAGAGCAGUUUGGAGGAAAGGCAGAGAGCUGAAAGAAGAGAACGAGAGGUUAAGGCCCAUAAAUUUACACCACGAUGGUUUGAUAUGACUGACGAGGUUACACCUACACCAUGGGGUGACUUGGAAAUCUACCAAUACAACGGUAAAUACACAGAACACAGGGCUGUUAUAGAUAGCUCAGACAGCAUAGAGGAGGUUGAUGUCAAAUCAAUUGAAUUCAACCCCUGGCAGUUUGGUAACUUGUCUGCAGAAUGAGGUUCUCUUGUUUUCAUGUUUUCUCGGUUUAUGCAGCUGCAACUCUCUCAUUAUGUGAAAUCUAGCUAUUAUUUGUUGGCUCGUGUAUGUUCUUUUUGAUAAAAUUCCUUUCCAGUUGAUUUGGGAAAAUUCUACUUUUCUCAGUCUGUUAAGAGCCUUAUUUUUUUUUUUUUUGGUUCAUUUUUAUUAGAAACCCAACAUCUCAAUUCCUUUCUUGUUACUUUUCUUAUGCAAAAUUUUAGGUUUUGUUUU